AUGGGCCAUCAUUGGAAUUUGUUUCAGGUGUGGACAGACGACGCCCUCUCCUGGAACUCGAGCGAAUACGGCGGUCUCACUUCCCUGGACAUUCCAACGGGUGAAAUCUGGACACCGGAUCUGUCGGUCUUGAAUGCUAAUCCAGAAGAUUUUCACAUCGAGUACAACGAGGUGUACCUACAAAACAGCGGCCAGAUAUUUCAGUCUCCGUACGCGCGCAUCAAGGUCCCGUGCCCCAUGGACCUUGCCGAUUUCCCCAGAGACGCGCACACGUGCAAGAUACGCUUCUCGUCGCUCGUCUACAGUGACGACAUGCAGCAGUACGACACCGUGGCCGACCUAGCAGAGAACGCCCUGACUGCUACCGAUCCUUGGCAGGACCACCAGUGGGAAGUGACAGUGUUCCCGGCAUGGGGCAGCGGUCAGCUGUUGAACAGGACGUACCUGGAGCUGACGUUCCGGCUCCGGAGGCGUUCCUCGGAGCACCUGUUCAGCGUGACCCUGCCCUGGUUAUCGUCCGUGGUGCUGAUGCUUCUCGUCUUCUGCCUGCCCGCCAACUCUAGCCGUCGCCUGACCCUGUGCUGCAUCAACAUGCUGCUGCUUGCCCUCAUGCUACGCAGAAUGGUCCCGCUUCUCGGAGACUCCUAUAGACCACCCAGGAUAAUGUUCUUCCUGGAGGGCGCCAUGCUGCUGCAGGCCGUGGUCGCGGCGAUCGCCGUGGCGUUCCUCAACGUGACGUCGGAGCACGUGCUGUUUCCGGUGGAGGUUCCGGCUUCCGUGGUCCGGUUGCUGACCGGCCCGGCCGCCGCGGCGCUCUGCCUCUGCCACCUCGACAUGACGAGACACGGAGCGGCUCACACCGCUCCACCUUCCCGAGCGGACGACUCUUCCCUGCAGCAGCCGGUCACGAGGCUGGGCCAGGAGCGGGCCAGGGAGUGGCUUUUGGUGGCCCACGCGCUCGACCGACUGUUUGUCGUCGUCUUCCUGGUUGCCGCCCUUUGCGUGAUGCCGCUGUGAGGAUACUUUAUAAAGAUGAAUUUAGACAGUCUGUGGACUGUCUCCAUACUUCAAGCUAAAUCGCUUGCCAUCUUAUUGACUUACGCUGUUGACCGUACGACCCACGGCGGUAGCUAAGUGGCCUUGGCGUUGGUUUGCCGAGCUCGAGUCGCGGGUUCGAUCCCUGCCACAGAAGCCGAAAUGGGAUGGCCCCGGAUUGCAAUAACACUCGUGCACUGUGAACUGGGGGACUCGAUGAAAAAACCGCGGUGGUCAAAAUUACUCCGGAACUUUCUACUACGGCGCCCUUCAUAGUGCACUGCGCAGUUGUAGUAUAUUAGUCCCCUCAAUUUAGGUACGAUAUAAAGUAUAAAUGAAAGUAUUAAGUAUACCGUCAUAUAAAGUACACCC